AUGCACUGGGGGGUUGGCUUUGCCUCGUCCAGGCCGUGCGUGGUGGAUCUGAGCUGGAACCAGAGCGUCUCCUUCUUCGGCUGGUGGGCCGGGUCCGAGGAGCCCUUCUCCUUUUAUGGGGACAUCAUCGCUUUCCCUUUGCAGGAUUACGGUGGGAUCAUGGCAGGGCUGGGCUCCGAUCCCUGGUGGAAGAAAACCCUUUACUUGACCGGGGGAGCUUUGCUGGCCGCAGCUGCGUAUCUGUUCCACGAACUCCUGGUCAUUAGGAAACAGCAAGAGAUUGACUCCAAAGAUGCUAUUAUUUUGCAUCAGUUUGCAAGACCUAACAAUGGUGUCCCCAGUUUAUCUCCAUUCUGUUUGAAAAUGGAAACCUAUCUAAGGAUGGCUGACUUACCUUAUCAGAACUAUUUUGGUGGAAAGCUCUCUACUCAAGGAAAAAUGCCUUGGAUUGAAUAUAACAAUGAGAAAGUUUCUGGCACUGAAUUCAUAAUUGACUUUCUGGAAGAGAAACUUGGAGUGAAUCUCAACAAGAACCUUGGCCCUCAUGAGAGAGCCAUCUCCAGAGCUGUGACCAAGAUGGUGGAGGAACACUUCUACUGGACGUUAGCUUAUUGCCAGUGGGUGGACAACCUCAACGAGACCCGAAAGAUGCUCUCCUUUAGCAGUGGCGGUCCCUUGAGUAACCUGCUGAGGUGGGUCGUGUGCCACAUAACAAAAGGAAUUGUCAAGCGUGAGAUGCACGGCCACGGCAUUGGCCGCUUCUCAGAGGAGGAGAUUUACAUGCUGAUGGAGAAGGACAUGCGGGCCUUGGCAGGGCUGUUGGGUGAUAAGAAAUACAUCAUGGGGCCCAAGUUUUCCACACUUGACGCCACUGUGUUUGGACACUUGGCACAGGCAAUGUGGACCUUACCAGGGACAAGACCUGAGAGGCUCAUCAAAGGUGAGUUGAUCAAUCUCGCCAUGUACUGUGAGAGGAUAAGGAGGAAAUUCUGGCCUGAGUGGCACCAUGGUGAUGACAAUACCAUCUACGAGUCUGAGGAGAGCAGUGAAGGCAGCAAAACUCACACCCCCCUGCUGGAUUUCAGCUUUUACUCAAGGACAGAGACCUUCGAAGACGAGGGAGCGGAGAAUAGUUUUUCCAGAACCCCUGACACGGAUUUCACCGGACACUCGCUCUUUGAUUCUGAUGUGGACAUGGAUGACUACACAGACCAUGAACAGUGCAAGUGAUGCGUGCCCUCACUGACCGUUUUCCUCUGGAGCUGCCACUCCCUGGGGUCGGUCAAGUUUCCCAGGUGGAAAUCCUUUGAGUUGGGAGAUCUCCGUGUUUUGCACGGUUUCACUUACCAACUGGACUAGAGCCGCCUUAUUUCUUUUUUGUGUAAAGAACCAUUCUGAUGGCUCCAUUUAAAACAAACAGGCAAAAACAAAAGUCAGCAUGGUUCCUGAAAUACAUUUUUGUUUUCAUUAGAAAACCAAUAUAGGUGAGAAAGCAGUUGGAAGAGUGGGUUGUCCACUGAUAGCAUUUAUGUUGAUUCUCUGCAGCUUGAAUUUAGCUGUGAGAUGGAUUCUCCAACAUCCUUCUUGCUCCAGAG